UUAGGUCGACCGUACACUUUUGACUCAGGGAAACGACUGGGUGUUGUGCAUCCAAACAACACGUCAGACGGACUUUAAUUUCGUUUAAAAAGUUUGUAAACGCUGAUAAACGAACACGCGGACAAUGGCUGUGGCUGGAAUUUAUCGGGUCUUUACCUUUUCGGCUCUUUUGAUAUACGCAUCGGCGCAGUCAGGUAAAGGCAAAGCAAGAGGGUUUUUUGGCAUUUUGGAUGAAUACUUGGAUCUUGUGGUCGUUGAUCAGGUCACUGUAGAUACUCUUAAGAGUGGUCUGACAACCAUCUUCCUGCCGAUCAUUUACAUAAUCGUCUUCGCUGUUGGCUUGCCUAGCAAUGCAAUGGCUAUAUAUGUUUUACUGUUCAGGUCAAAGAAACUUCACCCUUCGACCAUCUACAUGGCUAACCUGGCUCUGGCCGACUUGAUGUUUGUUAUCUGGACGCCUCUUAAGAUUGCUUACCACUUUAAAGGGAAUAACUGGACUUACGGGGAAGGAAUGUGUAAAGUGAUGGUGGGUUUCUUCUACGCCAACAUGUACUCUUCCAUCCUCUUCAUCGCUUGUCUAAGUAUACAGCGGUACUGGGUUUGUGCUCACCCACUUACGCAGCAGAGGACAAACAACAAAUUGGCAAUCAUAGCAUCUGUUUCUAUCUGGAUCUUUAUUUGGGUCAGCACAACACCCUUGUACCUGUACCAGCAGACUGCUAAACUCUCAGACCCUAACAUCACCACCUGCCAUGAUGUCAACAUUAUCAGCAGGGAGAACUUCCAGACGGACGAUGCGUUCCUAGACGUUAAGAAGCCCUACUAUUAUUUUAUGGUGAUGGCAGGGCUUGUGUUCUUCAUCCCAAUGGUGGUCAUCAUCGUGGCCUACGUCAUGCUUCUCCGAUCUCUUGGGAAUUCAGCAGUCGAGGGCAGCGCUGGGAAAAACCGCCAGCGGGCAAUGGCCCUCAUCAUAACCGUGCUCAUGACAUUCCUGGUCUGCUUCAUUCCUAGUAAUGUGAUGCUGGUAGUACACUACGCACUUCUGCGGAAGGGUUGGGCCAAUAAUGGCUAUGGCUUCUACAUCACAACGCUAUGCUUGGCCAGUCUAAACAGCUGUCUGGACCCUUUCAUCUACUAUUUUGUGUCUGAUGAGUUCAGGGAACAUGUUAAGAACACGCUACUGUGCCGUAGCAGUCGUACGGUGGAGAGGAUGAGAGUGUCUUUCAGUUCAAUGAAAUACUCGAAAAAGACCAAGACGUACAGUUCCAGUACAGCCCACACAGAAAAUAGCACCUGCUGAGAGCACACCUGCACUUGUGGAUAUGGACCUAAAAGACUGGGUUGGGCGGGGCUUUUUUUUAUAUAUAUGUAUAUAUUUAACUCUAAGACUGUGACACAAUGGAGGGAAGAUUGUCCUUGGAAUUAUGUAGAAACUAAGAGUGAACUUUCGCAGAAACUUGGCCUUGGUCAAUCAGUGAAGGAGUGUGUGAAGGUGAUAUUUUGUUUGGUUGUGAGACUUUAGUAAACCAAAAGCUGAUCAGCUGAUGGGGCCCACGAAGGCAGAGUUUGAAAAGCACAAUCUGUUUAUAUAUGACUUUGUAAUCACAUGACUCUGAUGUAGCAUACAGUCUAAACCUCAGAAGGUCGUAAAGAGGAAGUACUCUCGCAAAACUUUUAGCCAGAUCAUUUAGCAUUUAGCCAGAUCAUUUUGUUACAUUUGCUAACGCUCAAUGGGUCUUGUUUAAAGAUAUUUAAUGUGAAUUUAUCAGCCCAUUAUGGGUAAAAUAUUCAAAUAUAUGUACAUUUUGGCCUGGAUUUGUUAUGUUGUUAAUAUUAGAUGUUUUUCUACCAAAUCUGAUUAACUUUGUUAUUAAAAAAAAAACAGUUGCUGUGACUGUUUCUUGACCUCAUUAUAUUAUAUAGCUGUAAGUAGGUCAACCACUUCUUAUCUAUCAUAUAAGUUUGAGUAAUAUAUUUUAAAGUGACACAUUUGACAGUUCAGAUUGAAACAAAUGUAACUCUGUUAAAUGAGCUUUAUAAUAUUAAUCUUAAACUUGCUUUCUAAUGUCAAUCAUUUUACAGUCACUAGUCGGUUCAGCGCAUGCCUGUGUUAAACAACUGGUUAUGUUUUACCAUUUUUAACCCUAAAACCACACAUCUCUAUUUUGUUUAUCGGAUGUCACUGUACCUCUUACUUUUUAAAUAAAUGUUUGUUUUGUUAGACAUUCGGACUCCUUUGUGAAGCAUUUUUAGUUUCCUAUAAAUAGUUGAGGUUGCUCUGAUUACCUGUUGAAAACAUCAUGCGUGUCUAGAUGAGUCAUAGCUUGUUUAUGGCAAAACUAUGACACAUUGUAUCAUAGUAACAUAGAUGAAACUUGCCACACGUAGUGACAUCAGACAUUCUUUAUGAUUGUAUCAAUUAAGCUUAGAAAGUUUGAGAAUGUGAGAAACACUUUUAAUAACUUUUGUGGAGGUACAAUGGUCCUGGUUCAUGAAAAAUGAGAAUUUGUUUUGUGUAAAUUGUUCAUAAAAUAAUUCUUAUGUAAAUUAUCACAUUUAAUUAUAGAUAAAAAGUUACUUUUUUUUGUUGAGGCACAUUGGUUGUCAUUUAUUAAAUUUGAUUAGAAUGUAUUUCUGAUUUCUUUGCCUAUGAAAAUUUAUGUAAGAAUGUUUUUAUGUUUUAUUUCAUGAAUAAGUCCCAAAGCUUCUAGUAUUCUAAACUAGUUACAACAGCCUAGACCAUGUGCUGCUAUGCAGUGCUGCUCAUUCAAGUAUGAAAGUUUUUCUUAUCCAAAGAUCUCGCUAUGUUUGCAUUCCCGGUGUUCCUGCGAAAC